UACGUUUCUUUUUGGUACAAAUCACCAACUUUUUCAAUCACAAACACCAAUGUCACAACCGUGUCUGCAUUUGCGUCUGAUCUCUGUACUCUUACUCUGCUGUAUCCUCUUCGCUUCACACGUCUUAAUGAUCACUGCUCUUGUUUGUCGUCCCGACCAGAUCCAAGCUCUCGUACAAUUCAAGAACGAGUUUGAAUCCAACGGUUGCAACCGUAGCGACUAUCUCAACGGAGUCCAGUGCGAUAACUCGACUGGUGCAGUCACGAAGCUACAGCUCCCAAGUGGCUGCUUCACUGGAGUUCUCAAACCCAAUAGUAGUCUCUUUGGCUUCAAACACCUUCGUUACCUCAACCUCUCUCAUAACAACUUCACGUCCUCUUCACUCCCUUUUGAAUUCAGCAGCCUCAAAAGAUUAGAGGUUUUGUCUCUUUCCUCUAAUGGCUUCAUUGGUCAAGUUCCUUCCUCAUUUAGUAACUUAAUCCAUCUCACCCAUUUAAACCUUUCACACAAUGAGCUCACUGGUAGUUUCCCACUUGUGAAAAAUCUCACCGAGCUCUCGUUUCUAGACCUUUCUUACAAUCAGUUCUCAGGAACCAUACCUUCUGAUUUACUACUCACUAUGCCCUUCUUGUCUCAUCUUGAUUUGAAAAAGAAUAUUCUCACUGGUACAUUUGAAGUUACAAACUCAACUUCUUAUAGGCUAGUGUAUUUAUCCCUCGGCCAAAACCAAUUUGAAGGGCAAAUCCUUAAGCCUAUCUCAAACCUCAUCAACCUCAACCAUCUUGACGUUUCUUCCCUAAACACAAGCUACCCAAUAGACUUAAGCAUCUUCUCCCCUCUCAAAUCUUUGUUGGUGCUUCACCUUUCUAGAAACAGUUUAUUACCAGCCAGUCUAAAUUCUUCAGACAUCCCAUUGAGCUUAGAAAGCUUAGUAAUGCCACGGUGUGACAUUACCGAGUUCCCAAACAUCUUAAAGACCCUUCUAAACUUGCAACACCUAGACAUUUCCAGCAACAUAAUCAAAGGGAAAGUCCCUGAAUGGCUUUGGAAACUUCCUCAUCUCAGCCUAGUGAACCUUGUGAACAAUUCUUUCACCGGUUUCGAAGGCUCUUCAGAUGUUUUUCUUAAUUCAUCAGUGCAGUUACUAGAUUUUGCAUAUAACUCCAUGACAGGGGAACUUCCUGUUCCACCACCUAAUAUCAUCUACUUGUCAGCGUGGAACAAUAGCUUCACAGGGAACAUACCUCUCCAAGUCUGCGACCGAAGCUCUCUCACCGUUCUUGAUCUCUCCUACAACAAACUCACAGGUCCAAUACCUCAGUGUUUGAGUAACUUGAAGAUAGUGAACCUCAGGAAGAACAACUUGGAAGGAAGUAUACCUGACGAGUUCUAUAGCGGCGGUUUGACACAAACACUUGACGUUGGAUACAAUAGACUAACCGGGAAGCUUCCAAGAUCGCUUUUAAAUUGCUCAUUUCUGAGGUUUCUAAGCGUUGACAACAACAGAAUCGACGACACGUUUCCUUUCUGGCUCAAGGCUUUACCAAACUUGCAAGUCUUUACCCUCCGUUCAAACAGAUUCUUUGGCCAUCUUUCUCCUCCUGAUAAAGGUCCACUCUCGUUUCCCGAGCUGCGGAUACUUGAGUUAUCGGAUAAUAACUUUACCGGAAGCUUGCCACCAAGUUUCUUUGUUAACUGGAAAGCAUCAGCGAUCAAGGUAGAUGAAGAUGGGAGAAUUUAUAUGGGAGACUACAAGCAUGCUUAUUAUGUCUAUGAAGAUACUUUGGAUCUACAAUACAAAGGGCUAUUCAUGGAGCAAGGGAAGGUCCUUACUUCAUACAACACCAUUGAUUUCUCUGGAAACAAACUCGAAGGACAGAUUCCUGAAUCUAUUGGUCUUUUGAAGGCAUUGAUUGCGCUCAACUUAUCGAACAACGCCUUCACAGGGCAUAUUCCUCUGUCUUUAGCAAAUGUUACAGAGCUAGAGUCGCUAGACCUGUCAAAAAACCAUUUGUCAGGGACUAUUCCUAGGGAACUUGGAAGUCUCUCGUUUUUGGCGUACAUAAGUGUGGCUCAUAACCAGCUCAAAGGUGAAAUACCACAAGGACCACAGUUUAGUGGGCAAGCUGAAACAUCAUUUGAAGGGAAUGCAGGUCUAUGUGGUCUUCCUCUCCAAGGAACUUGCUUUGCGCCACCGGAACAACAGCCUGAGGAAGAAGAUGAAGAAGAAGAGGAAGAAGUGUUGAACUGGAAAGCAGUGGUUAUAGGGUAUGGGCCUGGAUUGUUAUCUGGAUUGUUAUUAGCUCAUGUUACUGCUUCAUACAAGCCGAAGUGGUAUCUCAAAAUAGUUGGUCUGGAUAAGCCUAAGGAAGUAAAACCAGUUAGAUUAUUUAUGUCUUUGGAUUCAAGAUGGGAUAGUUAUAAUAAUCAUGUAGAAAGUGAAAGUGAUACGUAACGAUUGUAUGUGUAUGUGUAAUAUGUUUUUAAAUGAUGUAAGAAAGAGGUCUUAGUUGAGAUCUCUCUUUUGGCUGAUGA